AUGCCUCAACUCAACCAUAUCUGCAAUCAGGUGGCAAUCCCUAUCCUUUAUCGAAAUCUUAUCCUUAAAUUCAGGGACAUCCAGACCCUGGAGGCUGCAUUAUCACAGGUGAAAGAAGCUCCCCGGGGAAGCUAUUUCAAGAAAUAUGCCAGGAAGCUAUCCGUUGUGUGCAUGGACUUACCAGAAGACUGUGGAACCGAGCAAGUCCAAGGAUGGGAGUCGGAGCCAUGGGCGAUUAGAAAAGCAACCGAGCACAAGCCGGCGACGCGAAAAGGCUUUUUGGAGCAUUAUAUGACCUCUUGCUUCUCGCCAAGUGGCGGAGUCAUAUUUUCGAAUGUUCCGAGUCGCAGGGCCCUUCGCAAAACCCGAAACUGGGCACCGGUUGUGUCACUCAUCGCUAACUUAGACCGCCUUGAACAAUUCAACUUUGUCGCGUGCAGCGACUUCACUACCAGCCUGAUGCAAGCCUUUUCACGCCAUCACCCUUAUUGCGAGAUCAAUAUCCUCAACAGACAAGAAGUUGGAUACAACCUACCAAAUCCAGAAGUCUGGAACAAGGUUAUGGGGGGCUGUGAGUUCGAUAUGGAUACCCUCCAGCUGCCGGGCCUUCACACACUGGUCAUGUCUCUUCCUCGAGAUUCCAAGCGACCGAAGGGAUAUCAGGAGCUUAGCGAGGUCUUUCCUUUCUUAUUCACUAGCCCGGGGUUGAAGCACCUUUGUUUUGAGAGCAAUCAGAAUUUAAAUACAUCCAGCCUCGAAAUGAUGCGAGCGACAUGGCAAAGCUUGCUUGAUACAAAUUAUCCUAAGCCAAUAACCCAGCUGGAAUCCCUCUCAGUCGACACCAACGGAAUUCAAGGAGGUUUUCUUCACGAAUUAGCCGCCGCCGGAAAUCUUUCUCAACUUCGCACAUUGGAUAUUGGUUGGAUUAUCGAUCCAGCAAGUCUAGCCAGAACUGCUGGGCUAUUUCCAAAUCUUGAGAGACUAUUCAUUGAUCUUAUCCACCGGAAUCCGCCCGUUGUUAUCAAGACUGACAUUGAAGAAUCAAUUGCUGGGAUACUGGCCGUCCGCCCUUUGAGAUAUCUUUACAUUAGGGGCCUCCGUAGUGUCGAAAGCUUGGAAAGGAUCAUUCAACACCAUGGUCCGUCAUUGAAGGGACUAGCACUAGUGCCGGCCGCCGGCAAGCUCCACGAGUACCCGAGGCUUGAUUCUUCCGAGCUCCAUGAAAUGGCGAUUCGUUGCCCGAACUUGGAAGAAUUGCGUUUUCAGGUCCCAAGGUCUGGAGGUAAUCAAGCAGAGUGCGAGAUGUACAAAGCUUUUGGCAAUUUCCGCAAUCUCCAAAGAAUAUUUCUGGAUCUAGACUUUGAUGCUCGGCCAAAGAUACCACCAAUGGGCAGUCAUGUAACAAAAGAUCUCGACGUCCUCCGACAAACGUUCAUAAAUGCGGCCAUGGAUGAAAACUUGGCUCUCCAGAUUUGGAACAUGAUCAAAAUUAGGAAUUCCAGUUUGAAAGACCUACGCCUUCUCCCAUUCGGAAACCAACGUUUUGCUCCCGAUGAGCGUUAUUUGCUCUUCUGUUGUGCACGAUCAUAUUUACUCACGCAUUAUAACCUUGAGAAACCUGGAUUUCCGGCCAUAGAACAAAUUGGGAAAAGGGCAUGGGAGGUAAAACGAGCGAGAAAUGAGACCAUUGUGGCUGAUGUCAUCCGUGAUGGAGAGCUCUUUCUCUCCGAUGGAGUUACAUCUGUUCUUCACGAGAUUUGGCCCAGGGUGCACAAACAGAGUGACUGGUGGACCUGUUGGACUAGCUUACCUUUGCAACCAGACAGCGAAAUCAUUGAUGAAUGUAUCGAAGCAUGA